UUCCUCCUUAUCUCCAGCGCUGCGCGCACAGCUGUGUCUGGAGUUUCGUGCGACAGUCUUUCACACCUUACAAUGGAUGACAGCUUGCCUGGUCCAAGUAGACGGAUAACAACUCUGCCAGGAGAACCAAGUACUUCUGAUGAGAAAGGAGCAUUGCCACCUUGCUCCUUUGGACCACUGGGCUGUCACCAGAGGACAGCAACGAGGGAGAUAUCACUACGGUGCUUCGGGGAGUUGACUAAGGAACAACGGAAGUUGAUAUGUCUCCGUACAAGGCGCACACCCGAUACAAUUGCGGAUAUAUGUGCUCACCACCUCAACAUGUAUUGGAGAAAAUACAUGUCAAGUGUCGCUCCCAAAAGCUGCAUCAAUCCCUUGCAUCUACACACAACUACACGACGAGGUACGAAGACGGUGACCAUCACAUUGUGCGAGAGAUUUCCACAUUUGUCACUCGUGCCUGGCAAUCGCAUCUGCCCUUCAUGUUACAUGCAUAUUCUUAAGACCAACCCUGAGACAGCAGUCGCUGAGCAAGAGCCUGCCAAGGACUCCGCGUCAGAACGUGCCCACUCGUCGUCUUCAUCCUCAGCAUCGCCCCCACUCGCAUCGGAUCCCCUGCCAGAGGAAAGUACUCUGGACGCUCUUAAUGCUUCUCUCGGAGCCGUCGGUGAAACCCCUGUCAGGAAGGACCGUAGUUACAAAAGACGUGAGCCAUACGUGGAGAAAAAGUUGAAGAAAAUUCAAAACCGAUUCAAACACAUGAUAUCCAAAAAUUUGAAUGUGAAGCCACGACAAGAACUCGAUGUUCUUUCACGGGAAUACCGUGUUCUGUUAUCUGAAAUUAAAACAGCUAUCCAAAAAGCAACGUCCCGAGGGAAGAAAGUUUCGCUUCUGACCCUGGCAUCAAAAUCCUGGACGAAAAGAAGGAUAAUGAGGUUCUUUGGUGUAACCGAAAGAAUGGUCCGUCGUGCAAAGAAGCUCAGGGAAGAAGCAGGAAUUCUACCAGACCCAUCACCAAAGCUAGGAAGGCCCCUGUCCGACGAAAUCAAAACGGCAAUAAUAGACUUCUACAAUUCUGAUGACAUCUCUUACUCGCUUCCAGGCAAAAAGGACGUACUGCAGGGUCAUCAGAAGAGGAUCCUUCUGAUGAACUUGCGCGAAGCAUAUCGGGUAUGGAAGAACCGACACCCCGAUCAUGAAUGUGGAUUUUCCACAUUCGCAGCACUACGCCCCAAGUGGUGUGUUAUUGCAGGAGCACCUGGGACACACAGCGUUUGCGUCUGCGUUUAUCACCAAAAUAUCAAGUUACUCAUUCGGGCCUGUGGUCUCAAUGAGGAUUACAGGGAACUCCUGCGGCUAGUGGUGUGCAACACUGACAAGCAUGAUUGUAUGAUGGGGAAGUGCUCGUCAUGCCCAGGCUCACUUAAAUUGAAGGAGUAUCUGGAGCAGCGCGAGCCCUUCUCUCUUGAGCUCGACAGUGAUCUCACAGUGCAGCAGUGGGUUCACAGCACACACUUCACGUUGGACAGUAUUACCAUACCAAAGGAAGAAAUACUGGACCGUUUAUCUGACCAGCUAAGUAAUCUGAAAUCCCAUCACUAUACACUCUUAAACCCGUACCUUUUAUUGUAACUUUUAGAAACAUGUAACUUCUGUAUAGACGUAGAUUUCGAGAUUUCUUAUAGGUUACACCACUGUAACGUAUAUUUAGAGGUUAAAAGCGACCAAGGUCAUGUCUUUACAACACGAAUAGAAGUUACAUCUAGGAAAAAACAAAAACAGCUUGUUGUAACUUAUAAAUGUACCCUCUACUCCGACACUGUAACUUCUAAGCGAAAUCUCCAACGAUAAUCUCUUUGUUAGUUUCUUAUCGUUUGUUUUCCUUUUGUUUUUCAGCAUAAUGCCGCGUUUCAGCCUCCCAUUCGAGACGACAGUUGCGAAUCUACGCUGUUAUUUUUUAUCUGUUUCAGCAUCACCUAUA